GAUUCAUUUACUACGACACCUUAUCUAUGUGUGAACUCUACAUUUGACUGAUAAAAUGUGGUGAUUGAUACCAUCAGCUGUUGAUGUGGGAAAACAGCUGGCCAGUUGUUCCCCGCGGAUUUCCCGUCUCGCUUGGCUUUGUGUUCCACCGCCCUGUCUCGCUCUGCCCAGAGGCGAACUAUUCGAAACGGUUAGCUUAUAUAAACGUUGGCGACAAGCAAUAAAUGCCUGGUGUAUAAAUAGGUACUCCGUUUGCAGUACUCCAGAUAAGAUUGCCGGCUGAACUAGUACACGACGCGUUGCAGGGGGUAACACAUGUUGGUGGCUCUGCUGGCGGCUUUCCUAGUGGCCCGUCUGGUGGCCUGGCUAAUCGGCUUGGCCUUGAAAGAGCUGCGACAUCCUUUGCGCGGAGUGGUGCCCUGUGUGUCGAGAUUUCCUCUUGUAGGAUGCGCCUGGCAGAUGCGCAGUUUCCAGCCAGACAGUAAGUUGUGGUUCCAAUUCUUUAAGACUCCUAAUUCCUUUCAGCUUAGUCCAGAUCUCCACGAGAAAUUUGCCGAGUAUGUCCGGCGUUUUGGUAGCAGCUUCAUGGGCUUCGUCUUAGGCCACGUAAUUGUGGUGACAGCGGAGCCCCGUCAUGUGGAUGCACUGCUGCACAGUCAGCAGCAGCUCAGAAAGGGCACCAUGUAUUUGGCCCUACGCGGCUGGCUUGGAAAUGGUCUCCUCCUGAGCCGCGGAGAGGAGUGGCAUACGAUGCGAAAGAUCAUUACGCCCGCGUUUCACUUCAGCAUAUUGGAGCAAUUUAUCGAGGUCUUCGACAGGCAGAGCUCUAGAUUGGUGGACCGUUUGGAGCCCCUAUCCCACGGCAGCUCGGCCGUGAACAUAUAUCCCUAUGUGGGUUUGGCUGCCCUGGACAUCAUUACCGAAACGGCUAUGGGAGUAAGUGUGGGCGCCCAAGGAGAUGUGGAUUCCGAGGUGGUGCACGCCGUCAAAGAUCUGACAAACGUGCUGGCCACCAGGUUCAUGAGACCGCAUCUUCUAUUUCCCCAGCUCUUCCGCCUGUGCUGGCCUAGUGGUUUCAGGAAGCAGCAAGCUGGGGUCAACUGCCUGCAUCAGUUCACGAAUGGAAUCAUAGAGCAGCGCCGCCUCUUGCUGGCCAGGCAGGCCCACCAAGUGGAGCCGGAGAAGCGUCAUGCCCUGCUGGACACUCUCUUGCGGGCUACUGUGGACGGACAAACGCUGACCGACAAGCAAAUUCGCGAUGAGGUGAAUACCUUCAUCUUUGAGGGCCACGAUACCACGACUUCGGCGGUGUCCUUCUGUCUGUACCUGCUUUCCCGCCAUGAGGCAGUGCAGAAACGGCUGUUCGAGGAGCUGAAUGAGCACUACGGCCAGAAUUUGAGCAGGGGAGUAGUCUACUUGGAUUUCGCCGAACUUCCCUAUCUGAACUGCGUGGUCAAGGAGUCUCUGCGACUCUAUCCGCCUAUUCCGGCCGUGGCACGCUGUCUUGAAAAGGAUUUGGCCGUAGACGGCGGCUACGUCCCAGCUGGAACCAACGUGGUUGUACUUCUUUGGCAGCUUCUCCGGGAUGAAACACUCUUUGCCAAUCCCCUGCUCUUUCAUCCGGAGCGCCAUCUGGGAGCAGAGGCCUCCAGACUGGGACCCUACAGCUACAUACCCUUCUCCGCAGGGCCAAGGAACUGCAUCGGCCAAAAGUUUGCUCUGCUGGAGAUGAAAACCAUGGUGAUCAAGAUGGUGCGACACUACCAGCUGCUGCCAAUGGGCGUGGAUGCGCAGCCCUCCAUUAAGAUUGUGCUGCGAUCGAAGACAGGGGUGAAUUUUGGCCUUCGACCGCGGUCGUAUUGAUAUUUUGUGAUUUUAUAAUUAAAACUAAACGUUAAGGAUCAGCUGGCGCCAUGACAGUUUGAAUCAAGCUGCUGUUAUCGAUAACAAUCAGCUGGCAUUUUGAUGGGCCGUUCCAGCUUUUUGCCGCCAAACUGGCUAGAUUUUAAAUUGUGGCAUACGCUAGACUAAUUUUAGAAAAGAGUUUAGGAACAAUUUUGAACUAUUUGUUCAAUGUAAUAAAAAAAUUGUAGUAAAAUA